AAGGCUCUCCCAUCGCGCCCCAUGCGUUCCCACAGUGCUUCGCGACAGCCGCUAUGGAGGCCGGCAGGACAGCUGUACUCCGCGUGAAGCGGAAGCGCAGCGCGGAGCCAGCUGAGGCUCUUGUUCUCGCGUGUAAACGCCUCCGGAGCGACGCUGUCGAGUCAGAGGCCCAAAAGACGACCCCCGAGGGUCUGGAGAGAGCGGCAGAGAAUAAUGUCUUCCAGUUGGUGGCCACCGUGCGCUCCCAGGAGGACCCGGUCCAGCCACUCCUGCGCGCGGCUCUGCACCCGUCCCAGGGAAGCCAGCAGCGUAUCCGCCGCGGCCUCCGCUCAUCGCUUCGGGAGAUCCGGCAGGAGGGCCGCUACAGGGUGGUCUCUAGACGGCGACCUUCGGGCAUUUCCUCGGAUGGCCUGGAGUCCGAGAGCUUGCAGGAAAACCUAGAAGCCGACGACGGCGCAGGCUUCCAGCUGUUGGAUCUGGUACAUGAAGAAGGAGAUCCAGAGACCGCUGCCGCCGCCUCCUGCAAAGCAUCUGACCCAGAUGUGAUCCUCUGCAAUUCUGUAGAGUUGAUUAGGGAACGGCUGACUGUAUCUGAGGAUGGACCAAGCACCAGGAACCGGGAGGAACAGAAGGAUGACUAUGUGUAUGACAUUUACUACCUAGAGAUGGCCACCCCAGGAUGGAUUGAGAAUAUCCUCUCUGUGCAGCGGUACAGUCAGGAGUGUGAGCUGGUGAAUGAUGACCAAGAACCGGAGGACAUUUAUGAAGAUGAAGAUGAUGAGAACAGUGAGAAUAAUUGGCGCAAUGAGUACCCAGAGGAGGAGAGCAGUGAUGGAGAUGAAGAUUCCAGAGGCUCUGAUGAAUAUGACAGCCUCAGUGAAGAGGAAAGAGGGAGCAGCAGACCACACAUGUGGAACAAAUACCCUUUGGAUGUGCAGAAGGAGUUUGGCUAUGACAGCCCCCAUGACCUGGAUUCAGACUGAGGACCCUGUGAUACCCACGCGGUUCUACACAGGCCUUGAGGGCUCUGACUACAGCGUCGGCCGCCCUGGUAAUGGGUUUCCUAGCGAAACACAGGGAGGGAAAAAGCAUGUCCAACGGCACCAUAUCCUACCAGUGAAAACGUGUCCUGAAGGAGAGUGUCUUUUCCACCAAUAGUAGGGCCCCUUUGUCUUGGUCAAGUGACCCUACAGUCGGGACCAAAAAGAAAAAAGCCACAAAAAUGAAGCUUCCUGGCUUAGGCAUUUUCCUGCCCUUCUCCUACGCUGAAGCCCGUAAGUGGAGAAGCCCCCAUUUUAUCAGAACUAAGGUUCAGCUUUCCUAUACCACCAGGCCACCAGCCUCCCGUAAAAGCCUGUUUCUUCUGAGAGGAGGAAUCUAGAACUACAGUGGGUCCCUUGUAGCAGCACAGACUGGAUAGUAAUAGCCAUAGGAAAAGAAGAAGAAUCUGCCUGAGAUGUGAGGGGUUUCAUUUGCAGUUGUCUCUUAUCUCCCUCCUUCUGCAAUAAUGGUUGUAAAGAUCGCUGUCUGUCUGUAGCAGUGGUGCCAAGGAACAGAGUAUGCAUGAACGUGAUACUUUGCAUUUAGUAAAAACACUUUAAAUAUGGGAGCAUGUAAUUCCCUUAAAACCCUUUAAAUCUGAAUCUAUUAGGUGUUUUCCCAUUGUGCUCCCUCUCCCCCUCAAGCCCUCCACCAAAAAUGGGGGAUUAGUGAGCUAGAAGUUUCAGAAUUGACCUUAGACACUAAAAACUCAAGGCAAAUUAAGAAAAGGAAAGCACAUCCUGAACUUAGCUUUCCACUGAGAAAUGUUUAUCUACAUCACUCACCAAAACUACCAACAGGAACAAAUUUUUUUCUUUACCAAAACUUCUGUCUCUAGUAAGCAAAUUCUCUUUACCUACCGCUUCCAAACCACAGAUGCCCUAACUCUGAGUUGACAUUUAAUCUCCCAAUGUAACACUGUCCAGUGGAACUUCCUGCAAAUAUAAGUGUGUUCUGUAUAUGCACUGUGGAGUGGCAGCCACUAGCCACAUACAGCUGAGCGCUUCUAAUGUAAUUAGUGCAACUGAGGCAUUGAAAUUUCUUAUUUUAUUUAGGUACAUGUGGACGGUAGCUAACUACUGGAUAGCAAAGGUCUAGGGCAAUACAUACACAGAACCUUCUAUUCAACCUACUAGUCAUCCUUAGUCUCCUGUGGGCUCAGAAACAAAGGAUUAAAAACCACUCUGUGCCAUUAUGAUGUGUUCACUGCUAUUUAUGUACUCAUUAAGGUUUGCCAACAUUAAACAGCUGACAGCUUCACAAA